AUGUUCUUGAAAAGUACGGCAUCCCGUCUUCUCGCACUGUGUGCUCUUUUUGCUGCAACGCUCACAUCCCAAGCCUUUCCUAAUGGUGCUGGUACUUGUAACGUGAACGGGAUAUCCAGUGGACAUGGUCCGUCGACACUCUCGGGGACUGGUGGAUUCGCAAUAAAUGUCAAACCAAGAGACAUCACAAAGGGCAACUUUGACUUCUCCCUUUCGGGAAGUCAGUUUGAGGGUAUCCUCAUCUACGUCGUUGAUGCAAACUCAAAGCGUAUUGGUUCGUUCGCUAAUACCCAAGGCCUCCAGUUUAAAUCCUGUGAUAAUAGUCCUCAGGCGACUCUCACUCACCAAAACAGUAAUCUAAAGGAUCCCAGUAAAAUAGUAAUGUCAUGGAGUUCAGGUGGUUCUACACAGGGUAACGUCACUAUUCAGGCAGUGGUAGUUACGACGGCUCAGACUUCCUAUUACACUCUUAAGCAGACGUUUAAUCUAGCUAAUUCUCAAGGAUCUAGUGGCGCUGUGGCUGAUACGACUACUACUGCUAAUACGAAGGGAGGAAAUGCCAUUUCUCAGUUCUUUGCAAAUUACACUUUAUUUGCUGUUAUUAUUGGUAUUGCUACAUUCUUAUAUGCAUUUGGUGCUGGAAUGGAGGUUAUUCUUAGGAGACAACAACAGAAGGCCAAGCAGUACGCUAAGGAUGUUACCAAUGGAUUCGCGCGUUAG